GGUUGCUGGUUCCAGGGCCGAGCAGCUUCAGCCAGGCCAGCCAGUUAAAUGUGGCUUGCAUGUCGGCGCAGCGGGCAAAAUGGACACACAGGGUGAAACGUGUUAAGUAAAAAACAGCCGCCUCUUGCAUGGAGCUUAACAUCGGUGCAAAAACAAAAACAAAUAAUAAUAAUUAACGAACAAAAUAUUUUGUGCCUGGUGAACAUUUUUUCAUUCUGCGCAUGAUGACGCGCAAAAGCACGUCUGUGUCCGCUCCGCACGGCUCGCAGGCUUGCAGGAAGUAUGUUGUUGAAUCGGUGUGUGUGGGGGGGGCAAAAAAAGAGCCAAGAACCAAAAGUCGGUUGUUGAAUUGGAGGAAAAAAAAAAUAACCAUGCCUAAUCCGUGAACUUGCACAUCCUGCAUCUCCACACCGUGCAUCGUUUAUGUGGCGGGCGCGGAGGCCAAUUGAGGGAGUUACCUCAUUGGCUGGUGUGACCCCCAGGCCCGCCUCCUGCCAGGGUGGGCCCUGAUUGGCUGAACCUGCACCCACGGCUGUUGGGGUGAAAAUGGCUGCCUCCACCCCCAGCUAAAGAGCUAAGCCAGCUGUUUCCCCCCCACCUCCUUCAUAUCACUGUUCAUUACUGUAUUGUGAACUGUGAUUUCUCCCAACCGAUUCCAAUCACAGUACUAUGGCAAUGCAUGAUAUGAGCCGUGCCAAGGGUUUCCCCUGUAAAGAGUGUGAUAUGGUUUGCCCGAGUACUCCUAGUCUACUAGAGCAUAUGAAAGCACAUUACCAGCAAGAAGAGUCCGGACGUUUUGAGUGUGAACAGUGUGGCCGAAUCUACAAGCACGCAGGCAGUUUAGCUAAUCAUAAAAAAUCUCACGAAGUUGGUUCUUUCCAGUGUCCUGUUUGUACCCGUACUCUGCCCAACGCGGUGGCCUUGAAAAACCACUUGCGCAUCCAUACGUUGUCCCCUAGUAGUGCACAAACAGAAGAAGAGACUGAAGAGGUAGUUGAAGACGGAGGCCACGACGAGAGGGACUACGGCCUCGCCCAAGACCUCUCGGACAGCUUCGGCCGCUCCCAUUUGAAUAAUAGUGGCAUGGGCCAUAGUGUCCUGCAAAGCCACGAGACAGACGACCACGGAAAGAAAGGCUCCCCCGGAUCAGACGACGCGUGGGACAGGCCGUUCAAGUGCGAUCAGUGUGACAGAACCUACCGACACCACGGUAGUCUGGUGAACCACAAGAAGUGUCACCAACAAGGAACUUUUAAGUGCUCUGUGUGUUUUAAACAGUUCAGCAACCUGGCUGCCCUCAACGGCCACGAGCGGACCCACUCCAAGUUCAAGACCCCUGGGGCGUCCAUGGUGAGCAGCAGCAGUAGCAGCAGCAGUGGCAACCAGUCGUCCCAGAGUGACGACGCAGCCUCCUGCUUCUGCCACCUGUGCCAAGUAGCGCUGCCGAACAAGGCCGACUUCCAGGAGCACAUCCUGCUGCACAACGCAGCCUCGUCCUCCCUUGGCCUGACACGCAGCUUCCCAGGCAUAAUGCCUCACAAUCUCAGUGCAGUUCGCUCCCCUGCAUAUACCCCUGCCCUGGGUGACCCCCUGCCUCUGCCACCCUUGCCCAGCGAGAAGAGAGGCCCUUACGACCCCAUAAUGGGUCCUCCAGUUAACAAUCCCAUCUAUACUUGUGCUUACUGUGGCGCAGGACACCCAGAUUUGGAGAGCCUGAAGGUCCACUACCUGACCCAUGAUCCGCAUCCUGGCUCCCAUGGCCAGGAUGGUUCCAUCCUCAACUCAGACGGGCUGAGCUCUGGAUCCCAGGGCUCAGUGUCCUCUCCUUCUGGAGGCCGGGUGCCCCAGGCCAAUUCCCCAGAUGAUGGAGAACGCCGCUUUAAGUGUGGGGAGUGCGGCAAAAGCUACCGCCACGCAGGGAGUCUUGUCAACCACAAGCGCUCCCAUCAGACGGGCCACUAUCAGUGCACCAUCUGCUGUAAGCAGUACCCUCAUCUGGCAGCACUGCACAGCCAUCUGCGCAGCCACAAGGGGCGCCCCUCUAACCAGCCCCUUAGUAACGACAGCAAUGACUGGCUGUCCUCAGAGCCCCUGACUCUGGACUCCCAGCAGAGCUAUGUCCAGGAGGGCAGUGGUGCCACCACUCCCAUCUCACUGCCAGGCAACCUGGGUGAUGCUGCCCACUUUGUGCCAGAUGGAGGCCACAGCAGUGGAUUGGACUCUCUUGAGUUCCAUGACCGCUUUGAUGGCAGCUCAUUGUCCCAGAGCAACUCGGCACAUCGCCAGGCUGACAGACACAUGUGUGCCGACUGUGGUGAAAUGUAUGGCGAUAUAUCUGGUAUCAAGUCACACAUGUGCCCCCGGCGUGGCCAGCAGCAGCAACAGCAGCAGCAGGGCAACAUGUCAAAUGGCUUCAUGGGGAACAUGAACUACCACAGCCCUGGAGGAACCUCACUGCCGUCUGGAGGCUCCAGUAACCUCAAAGAAGGCAGCAGCCAGCGGCAGUACUCCCAGAGUGGAGGUAAGAGAAUGGGGAACAAUGACAAAGAUGAUGAUGAUGGAGAGGUGUUCCAGUGCUCAGUUUGUGGCAACCACUAUGCCAGCCUCAGAGCCCUCAGGAGCCACCUGCGUAGCCACGCCAACAACCCGACAGGGCCAGGGCCUUCCAGUAUGGGGCAAGACUGGAGGAUGAUAUGCUCUACCUGUGGUCAAAGCUUCUCCAGAAAGCAGGACCUCUUGAAUCACCAGUUAGUCCACGGCCCGCAGAGGCCAGACGGGCAGCCCCAGGGCAUUGGAAGCAACUCAGCCAAUGGCAGUGACAAGAUGGAUGGACGCAACCACAUUUGCGUUGAUUGUGGCAUGUUCUUUGCUGACCGCCACCACCUGAUAACACACCUGUGCCCCGGAAAGAAUAGGGCUGGCACACUCAGCAAGCAGGGCCUGAAUGGAGCCAAAGGGAUGUCGGGAGGAGAUGGUGGUGGGGUCGCCGGGGGAAGCCGCGAUGUUGGAGGCGAUGGGCGCAGGGCGAUGGGUGACCAAAGCGACAGGCCUCACAAGUGUGACCAGUGUGGACGAGGUUACAGACACCCCUGCUCCCUCCUCAACCACAAGAAAUCCCACAAGACUGGUGUUUUCCGCUGCCUCGUGUGCCAGAAACGCUACUACAAUCUGCUGGCUCUCAAGAAUCACCAAAGGACCCACUUUGACCUUAAGAGGCACAAGUGUGAAGAGUGCGGCAAGGCCUUCAAGAUCCAAAAGCAGCUAAUCAACCACCUCCGUCUCCAUGAGGAGCACCGGGCCAAAGGUCUUGUUCGUACCGGCCCCAACGGUUCCCGCUUCCAGCAGCCUGGGCCCUCCCAAAUGCAGAGUAUGAGAGCAGAAUCCUCCAAGGGCCAGACAGUGGGCAUGAAAUACAGCCACCAGGGCUUCAAGAAACCCUACUCUUCAGCUGGAACUUCUAGGCCCCAGAAGUUUGACCCAUCUGAGGGUGGGCGCCGGCCUUUUGCCUGUGAUGAAUGUGGAAAGACGUACCGCCACGCAGGCAGCCUGGCCAAUCACAAGAACCUCCACAAGAUUGGGGAGUACCACUGCAAUGUUUGCAACUCUACCUACCCCAACCGGCUGGCCAUGAAAAACCAUCUGCGCCUCCACUUCGCUCAGAAGAAGCACAACUGCCAGGAGUGUGGCAAGGGCUUCCGCACCCAGAAGCAGCUAGCCACCCAUACUACAGCUGGCCUGUGCAAGGGUCCGCAGGGCCCUGGGGCCCAAAUGGAUUUUGAGUGUGAUGGCUGCUGUGAAGGCUUUGCCACAGCUGAUGAGCUUGCAGCCCAUGAUUGCCCAGCCCAGCACCUGCCUUCCUCCUCCGCCGCCUCGGUCAACAGCUCCACCAUUAGCAUGGAGAGCCGUGCGGUGGAUCUGGACUCAGACGAGAGGCCGUACGCUUGCGACCUGUGCAGCUGUGCCUACAAGCACGCCAGCUCCCUGCUGAACCACAAGCACACCCACAAGACGGGCGAUUUCCGGUGCAACUUCUGUGACAAGCCCUACACCAACUACAUGGCGUUACGCAACCACAUGCGCAUUCACACACAGCGGAAGAAGCACAUCUGCCACACAUGCGGGAAAGCCUUCCGGCUGGCCAGGUUUCUCCGCAAUCAUCAGAAGGUCCACGAGGAGGGCGCCACCCCCUUCGGCUGUCCCAGCUGUGGGAAGAGUUUCCAGGGGAGGUCCGGUCUGGCCAGGCACCGCUGCGGGGACAACCAGGUAGGCAUGGAAGGCAGGAGGAACGCCACUGCACCCGCUGGAGAGGGCGAAGAGUGUCGGUACACAUGUGAUCAGUGCGGCCGCUCCUACCGCCAUGCCAGCUCCCUCCUCAAUCACAAGAACACCCACACCGUCGGCAUCUACCACUGCGCUGUGUGCCUCAAGACCUACUCCAACCUGCUCGCCCUGAAGAACCACCGCCGUAUCCACUCAGAGACGCGGCGCCACCGCUGCCACGACUGCGGAAAGGCCUUCCGCGUCUCUUCUCAGCUGUAUAACCACCGUCGUGUCCACCAGAAGCAGCGGGAGCUGACCUGCCGGUCCUGCCAGCGUGCCUUCCCCACCCAGGCCAGCUUCAGGCUUCACAUGGAGAUCACCCAUGGCCAGACACCGCAGCCUCGCCAGCCCAGGUCCCAGCAGCCCCGACCGGGGGGCUCCCAGGAGCUGGGCUGGGGGUCAGGCCUGGACCUCACCCUGAUGCAGGCGCAAGGACUCGACCCCAAUGGCACGGGCAAAACCCGCAGCCGUGGGGGCAACAGUGGGCCCAUCAAGGCCCACGUUUGUGACCAGUGUGGCCGAUCGUACCGCCAUGCCAGCUCCCUGCUGAACCACAAGAACAGCCACAAGACGGGGACCUACUUCUGCAACUCCUGCCAGAAGGAGUUCCCCAACCUGAUGUCCCUCAAGAACCACCGGCGCAUCCACACCGAGCCCAAACGUUACCAGUGCCCCGACUGUGGCAAGUCAUUCCGCGUCUCCACCCAACUAAUCUGCCACCGCCGCAUCCACACCAAGGAGAAGCCCUUCUCCUGCCAGCAGUGCGACAAGCGCUUCUCCUCCAAGUCCAACCUGAGGCACCACAUGAAGGUGCACUGGAGCAGCUCAACGGCGCCCCCUUCCAUGAGCAUGGGCGCGCCCAACUUCCUGGAUCUGAGCCCGGUUGGUUCAUCAAGCAGCACCAAGAGCUACGUGUGCAACCAGUGUGGCCGGUCGUACCGCCACGCCAGCUCCCUGCUGAACCACAAGAACAGCCACAAGACGGGGACCUACUUCUGCAACUCCUGCCAGAAGGAGUUCCCCAACCUGAUGUCCCUCAAAAACCACCGGCGCAUCCACACCGAGCCCAAACGCUACCGGUGCCCCGACUGUGGCAAGUCAUUCCGGGUUUCCACUGCGCUUGUCUGCCACCGCCGCAUCCACACCAAGGAGAAGCCCUUCCCCUGCCAGCAGUGCGACAAACACUUCACCUCCAGGUCCAACCUGAGACAUCACAUGAAAGUGCACUGGAGCAGUCCAUCUCUGUCACGGGGAUCGUCCUCCGCCUUCCUCACCGUCUCGUCGCGAUCUUUCCAUUAAAUGUCUGACCUCUCACAGCUGUUUCUGCUAAAUGUCCGCACAGGAGAGACUUCAUGCUGAAAUAAUCUGGAGUGGUGGUGAUACCUCAAAUGUGAAACUGCACCACUCUGACCAGACUGUGCCGUCCCCUCACGUUUUUAAAAAUAUAAAUAAAGAGGGGCAAGUUUGUGGAUCAAGCAACUGAAGCAAAGGCACCUGACAGAACCAGAGUAUCAGCAUGAGUAAGCAAAUUUCAACAAAUAUCUAACCUCAUCACACUUUCACAACCAACUGUUUGUUUCUAACGUCCUGCAGCAGCAUUUUCUCCAGAUCUGGUGGCCUUUCCUCCUCAGACCCAAACUCAGUGUCUCAGCCUUCCACUCUGUGGCUGCCGAUGUUCGUUCAGAGCGAGAUCUUGGCCUUCAAACAUGAUUGUGUUGGCUCAAUAUUCCCCCACAGACAAUGAACUGGACACCUGGAAACUUAAGCUCUCUCUCUGCUGACAGUAAAACAUUUUAGGUUUCUCCACUGACUGUGCAGGAGCCUCUAAGAUUUUGUCUCCGCCGACAGUAAAUGAUGCUCUAAGCUUGUGCACUGACAAUGAAUGGGGGCUAUUUAUUUCUCCAUUGAUACUAAAAGGGGCUUCACUGAUGCUGAACGGGGAAUUGCCCCUUUCCAUUGCCAAUGAAUGGAUCUACAAGCUGCUCCAUAAGGUUUCUUCACUGACAUCAAGUGGAUCUCCAUGUUCCCACUGACAGUACCUAGCAUCUGAGGUUUACAUUGACAGUGCACAGAUUUCUGAGGCUUUCUCUUGACUCACAGUUUUUAUAUGUCGUAGUGACAUUAAACAGGGGUCUAAGCGACUCUCCGUUGAUUAAAUGGGACAGGUUGUGGUAAGACUGAGGUGGAGUGCAUCACUGGUCUAAGGGCUCUCCUGGUCCCUCUAAUCCUGAAGCACAGUGAGCCCAGAUGGCUUAUGGGUCCUGUUUUCUUUGCAUUGGCUGGUCGUGACUGUCAUUGUUUUUAUUUGUACUGAUUUCAGCAGAACGCCGUGGUGUUGUAAGGACUAAAGCACCGUGGCAGAAGAUUAUCCCACUGACAGAUAAAAAGACUCAAGAGUUUAUCUCCCCGUUGAGGCAAACUCAACUCUAAAGUUCUCUCCCUCCAUUGACUGAACCGUAUUCUUAGUAUUUCCAUUGACUGAAAACAGCACUCUUAGUUUUAAUAAAAUUAAGGGGAGGUGGAGAUGGAGCAACAAAACAGCGAGGUGUCCUUUGGGAGGACCCAUCACCACGGGAACUGACAGACAUCCAGACAUCUGCAGGAUGUCAGAGUGCCGGGAAAGAAAGUGAGAUUUUGUGUUUUUGUACUGGAGGGGAUUAAAAAAACUACAUCGACUUCCUCCAUCUCCUCCUUGUCCUCAUUGACCUUCACCUCCCUCUGUUGCUGAGGAGGAGACUGAUCGUGUACAGAUGUAAAACAAAGGGCAUACACAGUUAAACACACUGUAUCUACCUGUUGCUCCGAUGUGUGUAUGACCACACGCCGGCCUGAUUAUUGCAGGGACAGACGCGGUUCAUGGCAUUUAAUUCACGUGCCGUUUUGUGCACACUUUGAUGCAAACUCAGUGUGAACACAAUUAAGAGUGGGGAGCACCAACAGCAACCAAACCCUCCAGUAUCGUACUCUGCAAACUGAAAUGUCUUUCUUUGGAUGUACAAGAGACUAUCGGGAUUGUAAAUAUACACAACCCAACCUUCUUGGCAGCAUACACACUCAGAUUUCCACCUCUUUCUCCGGGUUAUGAUGGAGUGGACCGCCUAAUUUUCAAAAUAAUGCGAAAUCAGUGAGUUCCAGAUGAUUGAUUUGGCUCAACGUCAGUGCAGAGCUCUAGUUUCUUAGGGUUUAAACGCUGUUUCAGGGGCCUUACUGCCGUGACGCAGCUGUGGCGGUACCCAUUCUGCUUUAUCAGCAGGUUGGAGCGGACUGACUGGUGUACUGUUAAAGAGCAAACCGAAACGUCUCUGUGCUUCUCUGUCUGACUCAAACUAUUUCCAACUUGUGUGUGUCUUGUGGCACAAACGUUUUAAACCGUACUGUUCCUUCAAGAUGGCAGCCUGGCUCUUCAAGAGGGGAUAGUUCAUGAAACGCCGACUCUUACUCUCAUUGUCUCUCAGAUUUUGUUUGUGGUUUUCUUCAGGAACAAAGCUGAUGCUGGGGAGCCAUGCAGUUUUGCUCCUUGGGAAAAUCACCAAAAUAAUCUUCAGGUUCCUUAAAAGCAACCUGCCCUACCAGCAACUUUGUGUCCCACAUCAGAGAUGAGUUACGUCAGCAAAUGACCCCUUUGUCUUUCAUGUUAAUCACCUUGUAUUUGUAUUUCUUUCUUUUUCCUCUUGGGCACUUGUAUUUUCAACACUGUGCCUGAUAGCUGAAAUAUAUAGUUAAAGGGUUGUGGUACAAACUAAAGAGAAGUAGUAUUUUAAAAAGUGAUGAUGUGCUGAUAUGUUAUCCUCUGCUUUCACUUGACGUUGCAUUCUGCAGCAGGUCUCACUUCUUGGCCGAGCCACAGAGGCCAAAUUCGCUAUUUAGUAUGUAAAACUGAUCAACAGUGUUUUUGUUGUUUGUCUCUUUGUGACCUUGGGGUUGAGCACAAUGUCUCCACUUUGUUUUUGCUUUAUCAUCAGUUGCUGCAGAUGGAAAUUAUGUAGAAUUUGGGCUCUGCGGCUUGGCCAGGAGGUAACAGCUGUCUGCGGCCGCUAUGCGACAGCCAUUUUGUGUCUGUCCCAGUAACCCUGUGUUCAUGGCGUUUCCGAAUUCUGGAUUUUUUUUUUUUUUUUGUUGUUGUUGUUAUUUUAUAAGUUGGCCCUGUAACUCCAAAUUCUUAAUCCUUCACUCCAUGAUGUUUUGACUGGCAGCUACGUAGCACCAACCACAAACCCAGAGCCGAGGUGUCUCGAGUUAACACUGUUUGCAGAUGAAAUCAAACUUAUUUUUGCAUCUCAGAGAUAGCACUUUCAUUUUAGUAAGGUGACAAACAGUUGAACUAUGUGGUAUAGUCAAAAUCGAAUUUUUUAAAAAUCGACCUAACAAAUUCCGGUGCAUUUUGUGUAGCCAGAUGUUAAGUCAAAGAUAUUGGAACUCUUUGAAAAUUCCCACUUAAUCUUAUCUUUCUAACUUGCGUGACGGAAAGUUUCUCAUUUCGGUCUCUCUGUGAACACAGGAUGAUAAUCCAGUUCAUUUUAGUUGGGCAUGCAAAAUGGCACAAGAGAAAGCGACCCCUAGAAGUAUAGCAGUAGACCCUUGGUGCUGUUUGGUUAGACCAUGUAUCGUCAUUGUACCUCUGUAUCAUAACCUCUGUAUGACUUUUUAUAAUACAAAACAACAGAUAAUUGUAGAAUGCCUUUAUUUAUAUCAACUUGUAAUGAACUGCUAUUAAUAAAGUGUGUGAGUGUAGAGCUUUGAUGUCCCAGCCACAAGUAGCCCCUGUUCGAAAAUGGCUUCAGAGUGUGUGAGCUAGUUAAGGAGCACUUACAUUAAUCUUCCCAGGCGCUCCAAAAGCCUCAAAAACCAAUGCAUCGCUUGCAUAAAAAUGUAACACAAGCCCUCCUUUUAAUAAUAAGUAUUUGAAAGAUGAGUGUUGUUUCGUUUUCUGGUGUUACCUACCCAUUUUAGAGCAUUCAGGAAAACCUGGAGAACUCCUGGCUGCAAACUGCAAGGAUAAAUGAGGAGAGGACACUUGUCACCAGGAACUGAACCGUGGUCCUUCCAGGUUGUCAUGGCAACCCCCUCCGCUCCUUGUUCGUCCCUCUGGCAUUCAGGCUUAAAGCUCAUGAAAGCCUCUUUACUGUGACUAACCAAAAACAAGGUCACGGAUCUAACUUGGAUUACAAAGAAGACGCUGCGAGAUGUCUUACAAUCAAGUUCUCAAACCAGCUGAAACCAAGCCCCGCCCACCUCGUCACCAAAACAGGAAGAGGCAACCGUACGCUCACUCGCAGCGGCUCUGUCACAAACCCGAGGACGCUUCACAUUUCUGUUUUGAAGGCAACAAAAAAAAAAAGCUGUUCCUCAAUACAACAUCAGCAAACCUUGGAGGCACGUGGAUUCCUUCGCUUCGAGAAAGUUUCCAAACAAAGCUACGACCAAUAAAAAGUAAAUCCCACUAACAUUAUUCCUUUUAUGUGGAAAUUGUCCAUUGGGAAUCAUGUUAUUGUAUUGUAGUCAGAAUCAAAAAUACUGUAUUGAUCCCCGAGGGGAAAUUGGUUAGUAGAGUCAUUUGUCUUUUUGACCGAAUCAGACACUGGUGGUGCAACAUCCACUGUACAGAACCAGCAUAAUAUUUUUAUUUUAUUUUUUUUUAACAUGGUAUGAAAGUUUGAUCACCCUGGCCAUCAGCUGAGUGUAACAUCAGAGGGGCUCACAUGAUGCUGCCGGUCUCCAGACAUUAAUUUCUCUGCUGAAGCUGAAGCGAUUUGUAGGAAGGUUCCUCGUUGGGUAUCAAGGAAGCAGGAAGCGUCUCUCUGAAUGGGACAGAGCCAUUGCUUCAACAGGGUGACAGACGCUUCACUUAUCUCUGUCUGACAGUAUCACUGUGCCAUCCUGCCACACGCAAAACACUAUUAAAGGCAAUUAUUAACCUCAA